AUGAAUACUGUACCGCAGGUGGGUUACUGUAGGGAUACUGUAGGUCUGAAAAUUAUUGAUUUUUUUGCUUUCAGGGACAUUUGUUCAGCCAAUCGCCGCCCAUUUCGCCCGAUUUUCAACGGAAUUUUGUGAGUUUUUUUUUGGGGAUUGCUCAGGUUAGGGGGGAUUUUGAGGGAUUUUGAGUGGGAAAUUUGAAUUUUUCGGGAAAUUUUGGGGCAUUGCUCAUGUUAAAUUAUCGAUUUCUAGUGGUUUUGAGCGAUUGCUCAUGUUAAGCUCUCUAUUUUCAGUGAAUUUUCCUGUUUUUUGAAAGAUUGCUCAGGUUAGAGAAUGUUUUUGAUGGGAAAUUAGAAUUUUUCGUGAAAUUUUGGGCAUUGCUCAGGUUAGAUGAAGGUUUGAGGCAUUUGUGAGUGAAAAAUCGAGUUUUUCAUGAAUUUUUUAACCAUUGCUCAUGUUAAAAAUCCAAAUUUCGUCUAUUUUUUCAUUGAAAAAAUUCACUGUUUCAAAAUUUUUGUAUAAAAAUCAAGGUUUUCUGGGAAAUUCGAUUUUCAUUGACCUUUUUUUUCAAUAAUUUCUAACAUGAGCAAUGCCAAAAUUUUCUGAAAAUCUUGAAUUUUCAAUUGAAUUUCAGGUUUUCCAUGAUGUUUUGAGCCAAAAUCGAUUUUUUCAGAACAAAAAUUCACUGUUUCAAAAACUUUUGAUAGAUUUUUGAUCAAAUUUGAAGUUGAUUGAAUUCAGGGUUUGUAUUGAUAGAAAAUAAUCUGAAAAAUGAGGUUUUCCAGAAAAUGUUCAGCCAAAAUUGGAAAAAAACCACAAUUUUUGAACCAUUGCUCAUGUUAAAAAACCUAAUUUCGUUUAUUUUUUCAUUGAAAAAAAUUCACUGUUUCAAAAUUUUUGUAUAAAAAAUUUGGGAAAUUUGAUGCUGUUUCUGAGACGUUUCAAAUAAUUCUUAACAUGAGCAAUGCCGAAAAAUUCAGUUUUAUGAAUAACUUUGGGAUUUUUUAGGCAUUGCUCAUGUUAAACAUGAAAAAUGCCCAAAAUUCCCUGAAAAAUCUCGAAUUCCCACUAAAUUUCCUAGCAUUCCUCAUAUUAACCCCCCGUUUUUUCAGUCCAAAUAUUUCGAGUUUCCCGAACUCGAAAAUCACACAAAAAAACGGACCUGCUGCUCAUUUUGCUAUAAUUUGUAUAAGAAGAAUUGUGAAAAAGAGGGAGAGAAGAAGAUUUUGAGCAAAGACGAAGAAGGACCCUGGUCAUUUCAUCCCAUUGCUAUUUUGGGAAAAAUUACGUGAGUUUUUGUGGGAUUUUGAGCCAAAAUUUGGAUUUUUCGGGGAAUUUUAGCCCGGAUAAGUGUUUGAAAUUUGAAAAUCAAAUUUUUAUGUGAAGAAAAAAAUUCACUGUUUCAAGAAAUUUAGAAAAAAAUCCUGAACACUUGAUUUUGUUGGUAUAGGAUAAAAUUAGGUAAACAAUUCUUUUUGAAUUUUCGAGAAAUUAAGAGCAUUGCUCAUGUUAGAAAAUUCAGAUUCUUCAUGAAAUUUUAGCCCGAAAAAGUCUUUGAAACAGUGAAUUUUUGAAGAAAAAUUUUUCACUGUUUCAAGAAAUUUUUAGAAAUAAUUCAGAAAAUUGCAUUUUUCGAUAGUUUAAAGUUGAUGCUAAUUAUUUUUUUCGAAUUUUCCAAAAAAUUGGAGCAUUGCUCAUGUUAGGAAACUACACGCUUUUCAACUUUUUCGACCGGAAAUUUUUUCGGGGAAUUUAGCUUAGCAAAUUUUUGAAAGGGAUUUUUUUUUUGGAAAAAAUUUUCACUGUUUCAAGACAUUUAGAAAAAAACUGAAUGAAAAUUUAAUUUUGUUGAAAUAACCUUUUUUCGGACCGGAAAUUCGAAUGUUUCAUGAAAUUUCAUCCAAGAGAACUCUGCAAAAUUAUUGUUUAAAAAACCUAUUUUUCUGAACCCAAAAAUGUUACGUUUCAAAAAAUUUUGAAAAAAUUAGACCAUUUUAUUUCUUUUGAUUUGAGACAGUCUCUGUGCACCAGUAUUGAUUUUCUAUAUAAUUUCGGGAAUUGCUCAUGUUAGAAAUUUCGUAUUUUCCAAUAAACUUAAGCCCUGAAAAUUCUUUGAAAUUUAAAAAAUCAAAUUUUUAUGUGAAGAAAAAAUUCACUGUUUCAAACAGUUUUGAAAAAUCGAAAAAAAAAUGUAUUUUUUGGUAAAUUGCUUUAAUUUUCGUCAGAAUUCUAUCGUUUUUUCCAUAAAUUAAGAACAUUGCUAAUGUUAGGAAAUUCAAAAUUGUUCAAGUUUUCUGACCAAAAAUUUGGAUUUGUUGUCAAGUUUUGAAUUAGAAAAUAUUUGAAGAAUAUAUCACUGUUUCAAAAAAUAUUGAAAAACAAUCCAGAAAAUUGAAUUUUGUUAAAUCGAAUAUAUUUUCAAUUUUUGUUUAGAACGUUAUAAAUUCACCGACACAGUAUAGAAAAAUGUUGAGUCAAAAUUUGGAUUCCUAAAGAAAUGUUAUGCUUAAAUUCGGAUUUUUCAUAAAAUUUUACCCCGAAAAAUUAUUUGAAACAGUAAAUUUCCUGAACACUUUUUGAGUAAUAUUUAAAUCCAAAUUUCUAGAAAGUUAAAGGAAAUUUAGUGUUGCGACUAAUAUCAACAACAUUCAAAUUUUUUUUUUCAAUUUUUCAAAACUUUUUUUUUUCCAAAAAAAAUCUACUUUUUAAAAUUUUUUUUGAGAAGUUUUUUCUAGCCCACAAUUUGAUAAAAAUCCAAAUUUUUGAUCAAAAAAAAGUUGAAAAUUUUGCAUUGCCCGACCUUAGAAACGUUCUUAAUUUAUGGAAAAAUCGAUAAAAUUCGGACGAAAAUCAACGUACUUAGCAAAAAAUACAAUUUUUUUGAUUUUUCAAAACCGUUUGAAACAGUGAUUUUUUUUCCAAAAAAAAUUAUUUCAAAAUUUCAAAGAAUUUCCUGGGCUAAAAAUUCAUGAAAAAUUCAAAUUUCCGGUCAGAAAAAAGUUGAAAAUUUUGAAUUUUCUCACAUGAGCAAUGCUCCUAAUGUCUAGAGUCCUUUUUCUGACCGGAAAUUUGAAUUUUUCAUGGAAUUUUAGCCCAGGAAAUUCUUUGAAAUUUAAAAAGCAAAAUUUUUUUUGGAAAAAAAUUCACUGUUUCAAACAGUUUUGAAAAAUCGAAAAAAAUUGUGUUUUUUGCUAAGUUGUUUUAUUCUCGUCAGAAUUCUAUCGUUUUUUCCAUAAAUUAAGAACAUUGCUAAUGUUAAGAAAUUCAAAAUUUUCAACUUUUUUGAUCAAAAAUUUGAGUUUUUCAUGAAAUAUUAGCCCAAAACAAUUUUGAAAAAUAUAUUUUUUUUUCUCUGAAAAAAAAUCACUGUUUCAAAAAAUUUUGAAAAAAAGUUGAGAAAAAUUGAAUUUUGCUCAUGUUGCGAUUUCAUUUUUACUUGAAUGAUUCAAAAUUUAGGAGCAUUGCUCAUAUUAAUGAUCCAAAAAUUAAUCUUCCAACACAAAAUUUGGGAGAAAACUUGAGCUAAGACCCGAUUUUUUCCCAGCAUUGCUCAUAUUAGCUCUCAAAAAAUCAAUAAUUUAUUUCAGAUGUCCCAUGCUCUGGUUUCACAAAUGUCAAAUCUGCGGAGCCACCGGCGAUUCUGCUCACACUGAAAAACAUUGUAAAAAUUCGAAAAUUUGA